AUGGCGCCUGUCAGCCUCCUGGCGCGGCUUCGAACGCUCUAUUCCAAGAAUUAUGAUGAACCGGCCAUUUCGGUCCACACAGCUGCUUUUUUCUCGGUAUGCAUCUCUGGUCCCAGCGCUCGCAUCCCCAUGCAUGUACUUCUAACAUUGUUUUACGUGGUGCCCUUCUAUAUAUCUCCCACCACACGUCCGUCUCCCACACUCAGCCGAGAUGCUCCUUCCGUGAUUCGAGCAAGGAUUAGGGCAGUAACGUGGUCUUGUUCGGUUAGUACCCUUGCGGUCCUAUGGCUGAUCAUUGCCAAAAAGCAUGCUUCUUUCUCGGAGGCUUUAAGGCUCCUUGGUUGGUGGCCCAUUAGCCUCUGGGACAUUAGCCGUGCCUUGCUUCUCACGGCCGUCCUAUUCACUGGGCCUCUUUUUGAGCGUGGCAUUGCCGAGGGUGAAUGGGGAGACUGGAUUAAGGGUGGCCGGAUCUCCGAAACUCUUUAUGGUUGGAUUGGAUGGCGAAACUAUGUCGCAGGACCGAUUACCGAGGAGAUCAUGUUCCGGUCUGCCAUCGUGCCUCUCCAUCUGCUAGCCAAAGAUCGCCCCGACCACAUUGUUUUUGUGGCACCACUCUACUUUGGAAUUGCUCAUGUGCAUCAUUUUUAUGAGUUUCGCUUGACUCAUCCAGACACCCCUAUCGUUGCUGCAUUGCUCCGCUCGCUGUUCCAGUUUGGUUAUACCACCAUUUUCGGCUGGUAUGCUACCUUUCUGUAUAUCCGGACCGGUUCACUGCUGGCAGUGAUUCUUGCGCACAGCUUCUGCAACUGGUGCGGACUCCCUCGGCUUUGGGGAAGAGUUGAGGCCGGCGUACCUCUCGGGCCACCCUUGACCAGAGGGAAAGAAGAUUCCGACCCGGGCCGUGUAUACAUCACUUCUGGUAAACUUGGUCUGGGCUGGACGGUCGCCUACUAUAUACUCCUUGUGACGGGAGCCAUUGGCUUCUGUUAUGCCCUGUGGCCACUGACUUAUUCAUCCAACGCGCUUGCCACAUUCUCGGGCAUGUCCAGAGAAUGA